GCAACGGAGCAGACGGUCUGUUUAGGGUUAGGGAAGUCUGUUUACCGUCGCCUCCGAAAUGGAAGAAUAUGGUUAUCUGCUUUUCGUAUUUAUGCUGCUUCAUUUGGGCGUUCGCUCUGGCGUAAAUUAUGAUUAUGAUUUCUCAGAUUGUAAGUUUUAUCUGAGACCUGGAGGGGGAAGGAAGGCCAUGCGGUUCGACUUAAAUAGCUUGAGAGGAUUGCAAAUUAUGGCUUUAGAUGUUGAAGGACCAAAUCGUGGUGUGUUCAUGACCAAUCGGACAUGGUAUAUGAACAGAAGGUAUAUGCACCUAAUGGUGGACAUAUGUGAUAAUCUCCGAGAUAAUCAAAUUUGUAAAAGUACUGGGAAAGCAUGUAUCUUUAAAUCUCCUGAUGACCAUUACCAGCCAAAUGCUGGCAGUACCAUUGUUCUUAGAAAUGGAUCAUAUGAUUUCCUACAGUUUGACAUGGUGGGGGCAGCAUGCAAGACGAAUACAAGUAGAAACUUUGUUUUACACUUCAACAUUCGAUGUAAAAUAUUUGACAUCAAUGCUGACACAAGAACAACUGCGUCAUGGGCUGGCCCUAACAGUUGUGAGGCAAAUGUUUUUUGGACUGUUGGUGGUUUCUGUGGGUAUUCUCAGGAUGACUUCGCAUGUUCUGUCAAUAUUGGACACAAUGUGACGUUAGAUUUGGAUCCCUUGAGAUCUUCAACAUUUUUGACUGCAGCAGAUGCUGUUGCCAACAAAACUUAUCAAUUUAAUAUCUGUGCACCAGUCAAGCAAGGCCGUUGUAAUGGGACCACUUCCCUGUGUGAAAUUGAUAGAGCAACUGAGAAGGCGGUAUCGCUUGCUGAUUCCAUUUAUUCUUAUUACAACCGUUUUAAUGGUAUUGUAAUUAGUUUUGCCAGGAAAGAUCGAGGUCGUAGCAAAGCUGAAAUAUGGCUGCGCUGCAUACCAGGGCGCUCUGAUAUGGGACCUCCCCAUGAUGUGUAUCAAGUCUUCAUGAGGAAGAAAACCAAAAUUUUUCUUAUGAGGACACCCCUUGGUUGCUUGGUGCCUCCUCCUUUGUGUAUUGCUGUCAAUGAAGAGACUGGCGAUCAAUUUAAUCUAUACGAGUUGGCAGGGCAAGUUCUUGAAUUUGAUCACUACGAAAGCAAAAUUGUUGUCUCUGUCUGCGCUCCCAUCAAUAAGGAACAAGAUGUAAACAUUCCAUGCUCUGGGCCUGGCUUGGCUGCAUGUCUUGUUGGGGGUAAAGACGUAAUCAAGGUUCUAGGAAUGCUAGGCCAGUCACCUGAAGUACUCUCUAAUGGAGCUAUUCGGCUCAGUUAUUACAAUGGUGACCCCUGUUUGUACACUGGGGAUUAUAAUGCAAGGUACAGUACUUUUUUAGAUCUGUACUGUGACAAAAGUCAUGUCAAGAACAGUGUUCGUGAAGAAGGGUGCAGCAUUUUUAUCAAUUAUGUAACACCAGUAGCUUGCCCGUCCAUGGAUGUUAUUGGAAGAGACUGUCAAAUUCAAGAUCCUCGUUAUAAUUCUACUAUUGACUUGAACUCCUUACGAAAUGAGAAAGAAGAUAUAACUCUUCCUCUUGAAGCAAAUUUGAGCCCUAGUGUACGAUUUAACUUGUGUGGACCUCUUGUUAAAUCAUGUAAUGGAAUAUCAAACACCAGUUUCUGUCUGUACAAAAAUGGAUCAGAAUAUGCUAUUGGAGGGCCAGCACUUUUUCCUAAGUACCAUGAUGCAAUGGUGAAAUUUGAUCUUUAUGGACCACCAUGUGACCCUGAUAGGAACUUCACUAAAGUGACGGUAAUGCUAACUUGCAAUCAUGCUGCCAAGUCUCUACAACCAAGCACUGUACAAUAUGUUUCAACGCAAGCCUGUCACUAUUAUGUGGUUUGGAAAACAGAUGUAGCAUGUCCACCUUUCACUGAACGCCCAGCGUGCAAUGUGCAGAAUGAAAAAACUGGAGAAUGGUAUGAUCUAUCCGCCCUGUCCGACCCAAACAUUAACCAUAGGACUCAAGUGAGAUUGAAUUACGGAAAUAGCAGUACAGAUGUCGUUAUUUUCAUAAACGUAUGUCGGUCUGUUGUUCAUGGAUCCAAUUCUCCAUGUCCACCAUACUCUGGGAUAUGCAUGCAUGUUCCUGAUCCCAAUGAGCCAGAAAAACGAGACAAAGAAAUAUUCAUUAAUCUGGGAGAAGCAGGCUAUACUGGUCCCAUUCUUGAUGAUGAUGAUUCCUUGAAGAUUCAGCUUGAAAGUGGCGAUAUUUGCGGGCUAAAUAAAAAUGGAAAAGAAAGAUAUUCAUCAGCGAUAACUUUUAUUUGUGAUAGGGAAACCAAGACAUCAGCACCAGAAUAUGUCCAAGAUGCAUCUUUUCUCUGCCACUUUGAAUUCAGAUGGAAAACUUCAUUUGCAUGUCCGACUUCUGACACUUAUUCCUAUGCGCCUGAUGAGAAAACCAAUCCCAACAAACUUAGCUGUCAAGUUCUAAAUGAAAAUACUAAUCACAGUUAUAAUUUGAGUCCUUUGAAAAAUAAAACCUGGGUAAUACCGGCUCCAUCUGAACCAGGUUCAAAAGGACAUAAGUUUUACAUUUCAAUUUGUGAUAAAUUACCUAAGUUAGGAUUUGGCUAUUGUGGAUAUAACGCAGGGGUUUGUAUGGAAGAGAACAAAAAGAUACACAUGCUUGGGAUCUUCUCAGAAAAUCUGCAGUACACUGGUCAUCACUUAUUCCUCACUUACGGUGGUGGACGGCUGUGUAAUGGGAGAGACUUCUACAGAUCCGAAAUAUCAUUUAUGUGUUCUAGUGAAUUUUUCCCUAGGAAUGGACCUCAAUAUGUUGGCACUGUUGGUUGUAAACAUUUGUUCAUGUUUUAUACUGAUCUGGUGUGUGAAAAGGAUUCUUUGUCCUGUACAGUGGAUACUUCAAUUUAUGAUGAGAAAAUAUUAUCUCUUUCAAGCUUGAUGCAAUCAACUGCUCCGUAUCGUAUAGAGUCCUCUGAUGGACACAUCUUCAUUGUGAAUGUUUGUGGGCCCUUACCUAGAGCAAAGAAUUUGGGAUGUAAAGAUGGCUCAGCUGCUUGUAUGCUGCAGUCUGAUACCCGGACCAUCUCUGACACCCCUCUGAGCCUUGGCUUUCCGCUUUCGAGACCUGUCUUAGACCAUCUCCCAGGUAAAAAACCUCAAGUGGUUUGGAAGUACAGUGGAGGUGACCCUUGUCCCUAUGCCUCUAAGGGUAAUGCAACUGCAAAUUUAAGGUUCAUUUGUGAUCCGAAUGUUGGCCCGGGACGACCAAAAUAUGAAGGUAGAGGUGACAAAGAUUGUGUGUAUCAUUUCUCAUGGAAUACAAGUGUAGUUUGUUUAGAAGAGAAGGUUGAAUUUGAUCGCCAGAGUUGCCUCUUGACAAAUCAUGCCACUCAAGAAACCUUUAAUCUUACUGAACUCUAUCCAAGGAGCUAUCAAAAGGAUAUGAUGGCAGGACUGAAGCCACCUCUCACCGGAGAGAGUCUUUAUAUAUAUCUAUGCUCUUGGCCUCAACAUUGGAUGAAUGAAACAAAUACUGUUGAAUGCAAGGACACAGCUGUUUGUGCUCUUAUUGGUGAUAUGUACGGAAAUUUCACAGGAUAUGGAUACCAGCAUUUUGCUUAUUAUGACAACAGCAACAGUACUCUAAAGAUAUUUUUCCGUGGAACAUAUAGACCUUCAUGCAGUGAUAGAGAAGUGUCUGGUGCUGAAAUCUGGUUCCCCUGUGCUGCAGAUGGAAGAACACACAAACCAAAACUACUGGCCGCGACGGAGUGUCAUUUAGUGAUAGAGUGGCCAUCUCCCCUGAUGUGUGGAAAGUUCGGACACGCAGAGGAGCCUCCAACCGUCCGCACUGCUGCUUGGAAGACUAUGGGCUGCCUCAUGGCAAUCGCAGUAGUUAGUGCGGCUAUAUUAUAUUUGAUCCGAAAAACCCGAUUUUGGGCUUCUGUCCGAACACGUGUCAACAGAUCCAUGGGCUACAAGCACUCAACUCUGGUUACGUACACAGCACAGGAUCCCCAGGAGGAAUGGACAGAGUUUGAGACUCUUAACGACUGAUAAAUCUUCUCAAGAUUAAGAGGAUGAAAACAUAUCUUAUUUCUAUCGUAUUUGGUCUAUACAAUUGACCAUUAUCAGUUUCCACAGUUUUAUAGAAAACAAAUCUUUCUUAAGUCACUAUGUAGUGUCUUUUUUUUUGUUUCUUGUUUUGGUAACUUUAACUACUACCUAAUUUAUUUAGAUGUGGUGUUUGUGGAUUUGUUUUGCCACUUAAAUGUUAUACAACCUUGCAUGCCUGAAAAAUCCCCCCCCCUUUUUUUUAAAGUUGUAUGUUUCGGAAGUUCGUAAAAUGUUUAAAAUUGGCUGUGGAAUUUUUUUUUGUUAUUUUAAAUUGAAGGAUCAGUAUUAUUAGAAUCUCUUAUGAAGUGUCUUUAAGAAGACACAUAAAAACUAAGUGUGUAGAGAGAAGUAGAAAAAUAGUUGUAGCAUUUUAGUUUUGCAAUAAACUUAAAGUUUUAAGUAAUUAUUCAAUAUAACAGUAGUCCACUAUUUCAUCUUGAAACUCUUAUAAAUGUUCGCUGUUUGAUCUGACCCAUUUAUUGCUGUGCCUCUUGUUUAUGUUGGAUGGCUUUCAGAACUACUACUUAAUGUAGGGAUAGGAGAAAUGUACUUCUCUAUGUAGUCAGUAGCCGAUCACUUGUAGCUUGUGUUGAACACGUAAAAAUAUUAUCGUGAAUAUUCACAUAUUGAGUACUGACCCUCCUGUACGUUAAUAGGUGUGGACAUCUCCAUGUCACCUUACUCUUAUUUUACCCUCAAUGUCUAAUUGUGCCAAUAUUAAGAAUAUUAUAGAACCCAGUAUUGACUGUAUGACAUAAUCACUCACUGUAGACAAUCUUUUAGUGCCAAAGCACAAAAUAAAUUGUAGCCCUUGUAUUAAUAAAAAAUUAAUUCUAACCGACACAGGAAA